AAAAGAAAAAAAAAUCGAAAUGUCGUGAAAGUUGCCUCUUCUGAAUAUUGUACAGUCUGUAGAAGAUCAAAAGCCUGAGAGUAUGGCGCAAUUUAUAACCUAUGUCUUUUGUUUUUGCUUACUUCUGGAGAUUUGCCUGUCAGCAUCUGUUGAUUAUGACAAAAAAGCAAAUGAAGAAGGAAAUCCGGUGAUAACAGAGGUCAACAAAGGUGCAUACAAACAACUUAAUACAGACUCUAAAGCAAAGGAACUCUUACAAAAGUUGCAAAAAAAUUUAACUACUUUUGAUUCAAGCACAGCUUCGGAAGAAGUCAAACAUGCCAAAAAGCAGUUUACAGAUGUUCUUAAAAAUGACACAUUUACUUUAAGUAAAGAAAAAAGUGUCAAACUAGGACAACUCAAAACCUUGUCUCCUCAAAAAUCUGUGAGAACUGUUGAGGCUACAUUAAAUGAGGUUAAAAUAAAUACAUUCAAACCAAAUAUAAAAGACAAGGUAUCCCCACAAAAAGUUAACACCAAAUUCUUAGAGAAAGAUCACAUUGAGUCAGAGAAAAGUGAUCAGCAUAGUGAUGUGAUUCAAAGGACAACAGACCAAUCAAAAAUAACAUCAACAACAAUAUCAUCAAAAGAACUUAAAGAAACAACCGUGACAGAUGAGAGGGUUGCUGAUAUUGUGGAAAAUGUGGGUCUGAUGCGGGGGCCCGUGAUUAUAGAUCCAUACGAUAAGACGGCCGAGGAUGAUCUCUUCUGGGACGAAAACAUCAAAUCGGCAUCAAAAAACACAAAGGAUCAACUCCAUGAUGAUUAUGAAGGAGAUGAUGACUGGUAUGAAGAUACUGAUGUUCAGGGAGAGGAAAACGAGGAAAACAAUUCUGAUGAAGAUACAGAUGACUGGAACUUUUGGAAUGAUCACCAUGAGGUUGUGACAGAUAAAUAUGUCAAUGUGGCAGAUAAAUUUGGAGACUUCUGGGAUGAGGAAAGUUAUGCCCGAGCUCCAUACUUAAAGGAAAACACGAGAACAUCCCGCUGGAAUAGCAACAAGCGAGGCAAGAUGAGGAGAGAAAUCAGUAUGAUGACGCUGUAUUGCUGGGUGCUGUUUAUCUCCAUGACAAUGCUAGUUUUAUAUGUCUUCUACAAACAGAAAAAUGUGUUUAAGCCAUACUGGACAUAUUUACAUCGGCGCCCUGCUGAAAGGAGACUUUCCUCGGAGGAUGCAGCAGAGGAGAGGAAAGGUAUGGUGAACCACGCUUUCGCUUGAUUUACACUCUGUAGGGUGAACUGUGUAACAUCGAGUACCUGUUACGUUCUGUGUGUUGACACGUUACCAUCAGAUUAGUGAAACAGAUUUUCCUUGAACAUUACCAACAAGUGUAUGGAGAAUCCUGUUUAUGCAUUAAAUGCUACCAGUAUAUUGUGCCAUGCUGUAAUAUUUUUAUGAGAAAGUCCACUGUAGUUGGAUGGUGACUGCUACAACUGUACAUAUAACUACUGUUUCCUGAGUCAUGUUUGUGCUAGAUACACAUCAUCCAUUAUUGAACUUCUUGCAAUAGCUCUGCAUUUUUUUUUUAAGAAUUCCAUCAAGACGGACUGCGAAUGUACCGUAUUGAUUUGAGUGCCAAAUUUAACCUGACAGUAAAAUGAAAUGUGUC